AGGCCUGGGGCAAUAGCUGGGGGCGGAGUUGUAUGGAUCGGCGUGUUGUAUGAGAUCUCACACAUCGGAUCCACUCUGAUCUCUGAGAGGUUUCUAUGGCUACAGCGCCCUCCGCCCCUCCCCCCCUGCAGGGGAAGAGCACCAGCCUGCCCAGCGCACUGAGGGGGCUCAUUAACAACACUCAGUUCAGUGACGUCUCCUUCGUGGUGGGGGAGGAGCGGCAGGUGAUCCACGCCCAUCGCUGUAUCCUGGCGUGCCGAUGUCCCGUCUUUCAGAGGAUGUUCAGCCAUCAGAUGCAGACUGCGCUGUCCCCGCAGGUCCCCUUGGUUCUGGCCGACACCGCGCCCGCCGUCUUCCUGGCUGUCAUAGAAUUCAUCUACACCAACCAUGUGACCCUCACCCGACGCAUCGCUCUGGAAGUUCUGACGUCGGCGGUGGAAUACGGUCUGGAUGAGCUGCGAAAG